AUGACUAAUUUCAUACUGGUUUUACUAUGCGCUACUGUCAUCAUCUCUACGAAUGCACUUUCUGACAUUGGAUCAUCAAGUCACAAUAACUCAUUACACUGGGGCACAUACCGUCCAAAUCUCUAUUUCGGUACCAGGUCGCGUACUCCAGAUGCAAUCAUAACGGGUCUCAUGUGGCAUGGCGUCUCCGAACUCAAUGGCUUAUCACAAACACGACACUCAUGUGAACAAGGUGAUAACAUGCAAGGAUAUGGAUACAAGAGGCACGAUGGUAGAAGUUUUGGAGAGCAGGAAAUACGUGAUGGGCUCAAUAAUGUCACUAUUACCACCGAAUUUGUCAAGGUUGAUGGUGCUGGACCAGGUGGAGAUUGGGCUGUUCGUAUUAGUGGAAAGCCGAUAGAUCCAGACGUGACUGCCGAUAUCUCCAUGAUAUUUUACAUGGGAAUUGAAGAAGAAGGAGGAUCGUUUCAGUUGCUUAGUGAAGGCACUCAAAAGGGAAUUCCCGAUGAAGUAGUUCUCGCUGGCCAUACUCCUCAUCAAGGGAAUUUUGCAUUUGUGGUGUCUGGAGAUCCCAACAAUGAACCACCGCCUGUUGGAGGUCCAUACCCACCUCGUUACGAUGGCAUCCUGACAGAUUUAGACCAAACUGCAUUUCUUGGUAGUAAGAUUGAUCCGAAAGGGUUGUGGACUUUGAAAGAUGUCCUUGUAAAGCAUUUCGUAGAACGUGCCAAAACAAUCAUUCAGAACUAUCAAACACCCAUGCUGGAUCCUGCUCAUCUGAUUCGAUUGCCCAAUGGAUUUGGUGGAUCUGAUCCUAAUGUGUUUAUUGUACAGAAGACGUUACGUGCUCCGUUUCAGUUUGAUGUAAGCUUCGUAUCACAGAUAUCUGAUAAUUUAGAUGCGAAAGAAGUUCUUAACAAAGCUGAUCGCAUCAGUGGUCCGUCAUUGACCAAACUGAUCAGAGAACGAGCUACAGCAUUUGAUGAAAAGUUUGAAGAUUUGUUUGGUUUGAGCAAGAAGGGGUUCACUUCAGAUCAAGUGGAUUUCGCAAAGACUUCUCUUGGGAGUUUGAAUGGUGGGAUUGGAUACUUUUAUGGAACGUGGGUCGUCGAUCGUGCCGAAGUAGACCCUGACACCGAGUUUCUUGAAGAAGACGACGACGACGAAGCUGAAGAUGAUUAUUUUGAUACAAGUGGAUCUAGAGGUGGUCAGAAGAAGGUCAAGGCCACGCCUAAGCCACAGAUUGAAGGACCGAUAGAGUUGUUUACUGCUACGCCGUCACGGCCGUUCUUUCCGAGGGGGUUUUUGUGGGAUGAAGGAUUUCAUUUGCAGUUAAUUGGUAAAUGGGAUAAUGAGUUGAGUCUGGACAUAAUUGAAUCAUGGGCAAAUUUGAUCGAAGAUAAUGGAUGGGUUGCUCGUGAACAGAUUCUUGGAGAUGAAGCACGUAGCAAGGUUCCAAAAGAAUUCGUCACACAAUUUCCACACCACGCCAACCCUCCAACUCUCAUUUUACCUGUUUGGGAGUUUAUUGAGAGGUUGCAACAUCAAGCUGAUCGUGUUAGCAUUCCUGGUUCAGAACCAAUGAUUGGCACAAACGAUCCUGUAUAUCUCACACAACGUCAUCUGCUCGACAAGGAACUAGCCAUGAGCUAUCUGAAACGCAUAUACCCCAAAUUCAAGCUCCAGUACGAGUGGUUUAGAAGCACUCAGUGGGGUGAAAUUGAAGAGUGGGGCAGAACGAGUCGUAGCACUGAAGCGUAUCGAUGGAGAGGUCGGAAAGGUGUUCAUACUCUGACGUCAGGUCUCGAUGACUAUCCGCGAGCUACCGACCCAAGUAUUGGUGAAUUGCAUGUCGACUUGUUAUCAUGGGUUGGAUUCUUUGCAAAGACAUUGCAAAGUGUUGCUGAGCAGAUCGGAUUUGAAGAGGAUGCUGCCUUGUAUGCCAAGCAUGUUAAGGAUGUGGUGUAUAGUCUUGAAGAUUUACAUUGGAAUGAAGCAGCCAAAUGCUUUUGUGAUUUGACUGUUGGUAGUCAUGGAAAAUCGGCUUUUGUAGUUCACAAGGGCUACGUUUCACUCUUUCCAUUACUGCUUGGAUUGUUACCUGCCAAUGCUACUCAAUUGGGAGCUACGUUGGAUCUGAUGAAGGAUGAACAGCAUCUUUGGACACCAUAUGGGUUAGCAUCUCUAUCUCAAUCUGAUGCGUACUUUGGUACACAUGAGAACUAUUGGAGAGGACCUAUAUGGAUUCAUUUGAAUUAUAUGGCACUGUGGUCCUUGUACAAGAAUUAUAUGCACGUUCCUGGUCCAUACCAAAGUCAAGCCAAGACAGUGUAUAAGGAAUUACGUGAAAAUCUCAUUAACAACAUGUUUAGUGAAUACCGUCGCAGUGGAUACUUUUGGGAACAGUAUUCACCUAUAGACGGACAUGGUCAAAGGUCACAUCCAUUCACAGGGUGGAGUUCACUGAUUACGUUGAUUAUGGCUGAGGUUUAUUAA